AGCCGUGAGAAGGACCUGUGGGGCUUCACGGUCCUCCCACGAAAGAGCCAGGUCCGCCCAGUCCCUGCUCGUGGUCGACCUCCGACCCCCGACGCCCGACCUCCGCGCUCGCAAAACAUUUGCUAGAGGUUAAAGCAUGUCAUCAUGGCAAAAUUCCGGAGAAGGACUUGUAUCAUUUUGUCACUUUUUAUUCUAUUUAUUUUCUCUCUGAUGAUGGGUUUAAAGACAUUGAGGCCAAACACAACUGCCUUUGGAGCACCUUUUGGACUUGACCUGCUUCCUGACCUUCAUCAACGAAGUAUUCAUUUGGGAAAAAAUUUUGAUAUACAAAGAAGUGAAAGAACCAAUAAUGAACCAAACACCAAGAAUUUAAAAACUGUUGAAACCACUAUGAAACCUUCCAAAGCCUCUGAACUUAACACAGAAGAAUUACCACCACUAAAUUACUUCUUACAUGUAUUUUAUUAUAGUUGGUAUGGAAAUCCACAAUUUGAUGGUAAAUACAUACAUUGGAAUCAUCCAGUCUUGGAGCAUUGGGACCCUAGAAUUGCCAAGAAUUACCCACAAGGGAGACACAAUCCUCCAGAUGACAUUGGUGCUAGCUUUUAUCCUGAGCUGGGAAGUUACAGCUCCCGUGAUCCUUCUGUCAUAGAAACUCACAUGAGACAAAUGCACGCAGCUUCAAUUGGUGUAUUAGCCCUCUCUUGGUACCCGCCUGAAUUAAAAGAUGAGAAUGGAGAACCUACUGAUAUGUUGGUACCAACUAUAUUGGACAAAGCUCAUAAAUAUAAUCUGAAGGUCACUUUUCACAUAGAACCAUAUAGCAAUCGAGAUGAUCAAAAUAUGUAUGAAAAUAUUAAAUACAUUAUAGACAAAUAUGGAAACCAUCCAGCUUUUUACAGAUACAAGACAAGGACUGGGAAUGUUCUUCCUAUGUUCUAUAUCUAUGAUUCCUAUAUCACAAAGCCUGAAAAAUGGGCAAAUCUCUUAACCAUGACAGGAUCUCAGAGUAUUCGCAAUUCUCCUUAUGAUGGAUUGUUCAUUGCACUUUUAGUAGAAGAAAAGCACAAGAACGAUAUUCUUCAAGGUGGCUUCGAUGGAAUUUACACAUAUUUUGCCACAAAUGGCUUUACUUACGGCUCCUCACAUCAAAACUGGGCUAACCUAAAAUCCUUUUGUGAUAAACAUAACUUACUCUUCAUCCCAAGUGUUGGUCCAGGAUACAUAGACACCAGCAUACGUCCAUGGAACACACAGAACACCCGGAACAGGAUCAAUGGGAAGUAUUAUGAAGUUGCCCUGAGCGCUGCACUUCAAACCCAGCCUAGCUUAAUUUCGAUUACUUCUUUUAACGAGUGGCACGAAGGAACUCAGAUCGAAAAAGCUGUUCCUAAAAGAACCAGUAAUACAGUAUACCUAGAUUAUCGGCCCCACAAGCCCAGUCUUUAUCUGGAACUAACUCGUAAGUGGUCUGAAAAGUACAGUAAGGAGAGAAGAACCUAUUCAUUAGAUCAUCAGACUCCUGUGUCAUAAAGCAUUGACUAUAUUUCAUACUAAAAUCACCUAACUUUCAAUAAAUGUCAUUUGCUUGUUGUUGUGGAGAAAACAGUCAACAUGAUUAUGCACUUAUUAUCUUUAAUGAACUUUUCUUUUUGCUUCUUUAAAAAUAAUAUUAUAAUUUCUACACUGAGCAGAGAAACUGUGAGAGAGAAGUUGGGAAAUCCUGCUGGCAUGAUUUCCAGUAUUUCUGACAUGAUGGCAAUUUUCAUUUCAUAAUAGAGAAACUACGUUUUACAUUUCAAAAGCAGCACAAAUUCCUAAUUUUUUUCUGAGCCCCAGAAAAUAAGACUCUUGUAUAGUUGGUAGGUCUCAUGAAGUUACAAAAAAAAAAAAAAAAAGGGCUGGAAAGAUGGC